AUAACUUUCUAAAUAUAAAUUUUAUAUUUAUUAUAGUUUUAUGAUUUUUGAUAUUUUUAUAACUAUAUUAAAUGUAAAUAUUGUUAAUUUAUUAUUUGACUGUUACCGCAUUUGGUAGUUAACCAGUCAUAAGUCACCCGCAAAUGCACCAAUUUUUAACUGCAAUAUCAGUCGUACAAAUAUCUUAAAACCGCUAGAAAACACAUCCACAAAUUUCCGCAACCGUCGGUUCACCCGGUCUGCCCUUAUUCAGCUUUACAAACCGCUUUCCUAAUCACAUUGUAAUCAAAUGUCGUUGAAACCAUAAUAAUUUGAAGAAAAGAAUUAAGGCAACCGGAUAUGAACCGUUAAAGCCCAAAAGAUGAGAAGCCCAAAAACCUAUCAAACUUAGAAGCCCGAAAGCACUUCAUGCAACGCCACAGGUAGGGGUCGCUCGUUCCGUCUCUAACUGCUCCUCCGAGAGAAAGGUUUAGGGUUUUUGCCGCUAACUGCUCUUCUCCCCCCAUGGAAGUUUCUUCUUCCUCUACUCAAUGUAUUUCUUUUCUUGCAAAUUAUGAUAACUUUUCUUUCUAUUUUUUGGUGAUUUUUAGGGUGGAACAACCCCAGACCCGGAGCGAGUGGGAUCUGAUGAUCCAGACGUAAAGCCCAAGAAGAAAAAGGUCGAAUCUAAACUCUUUCCAAGAAUCUCUCAUUAUACUUCUGAGAUGAGCCGAGAUGGGUCUAGAAGUUUAUUCACAGUUUUCACUCGUUGUUUCUUUUUUUAACGGCAAACCUGUUCACGUUGUUAUUCGUCGCUUCAAAAACGAAUACUCUAGGAGCGUGAUCGUUUUUGGUUCUGUUGCAGACACAAAAGAGGCACUGAAAUUGUGUGGGAAAAAAUUGCGCGGAAUUCCAAUUUAUAUUAAGCCGAAUGGGAACAGUCGAGAAAUAGUGCUUGCAAGUGGGUUCAACAACCAAUCGACAGUAAAAGAGAUCAUGAAACAACUUCGUAGUGAAUUCAAGUCAAGAGGCGAAGUCCUUAACAUUUUUGUUCCAGAAGAUAAUGAAACUGGUGGUUGUCUAGGUUUUGGAUAUAUAUACAUUGACCCUCAAGGCGUGGAUGGAGGAGAUUUGUGGAAAUCAUUUGAAAUUGAUGGUCUUCCAAUUACGCUUACUAAGGCUUCACCGAAAUUAUGCUUCGAAGCUGAAAUAGUGGGCAAGAAAAAGGCGAAUGAUGAAGACGAAAAGACUGCUUUGAAAAAGAUGCUAUUACCAUUAAAUACUAGUCUACCGACCUUGAUGUAUACCCAAAGAAGAUACUCUUGGACAGAUAAAAGACCGGACAUUACUGCUGAGUCUUAUAAACAAGAGACAAAAUUAAACAAAGGGAAGUACUGGAGGAAGUGGGAGAAGUGGCCAUAUCACUUACCAAAUGGGGAGGAGUGGCUAGUCCACUACUAGUUAGUGGAGGAAGUGGGAGGAGUGGCCAUAUCACUUACCAAAUGGGGAAGAGUGGCUAGUCCACUACUAGUUAUUUAGUCUUCCACCAUUGAGUGCUUAUUGCUUUUGUUUCCUUUAAAUACACCAUGUAUGUUACACAAUUAAACACACAAUUCAAUACAAACAUUUUUUUCAUUCUCUCAAUCUCACAAAUCCUCUCAUUCUCUUAAAUUCUCAAAUUUCUCUUCUCUCUCAAAUACUUACGGUUACUUCACUCCUUUUUUACUUUGUUCGUGUGCUUCAUCACGGUUAAAACACUUAGAAGCUCUCAUAAUCCCACAAAUUAUCAUGGUAUCAGAGCAGCAACAAUCUUGAAACCUUUCUAAAUUCCGCAAAAUCAAAACUCUGUUUCUAGUUCUUAAACUCUACCUCUGACCAAGUAAAUCCCCAAGAUGGAGAACAACAACAACAAUAACAACAACCGCAU